UAACGUACCCACCCCACACGACAUUCGAGAAUUAGGAACAGUCGCAUCAUCUCAUUCAUAGUGAUCCGGUGCAACUUCUACAUGCAUAUCUUAAAGAUGAUCUAUAGGGCACGCCAUGAAGAACUCGUUUCGAUGCAUGUUUUCAUUCUGAUUCACUGUUGGCCCCACGCCCUGAAAAGUGACUUGAUCAGAUGGAUAUGCCGGGAACACAUAGUAGUUGCUAGUGGGUCUCUGGAAUUGAGAUGUUCGCUGAAUGCUGCUGGUCAUACUAGUAGAGUCAUUUCUGAACAGGUUGAUCGUUUGGCUCGCAUGUACUGGGGGGGGAAUAAACGAGCGUCCUACUUGGGUCACUUCUCUCUGUUCCAUAUUGCUUCGCCCUUGAUCACUGGGUUCCGUGCGAAGGGAGAUGGCGCCCCCUUCUCCAUGUAUGAUCUGCAAUUAACAAACAUGGAAGACCUCUUGUUCGCUGAUGGGUUCCUCGCAUACGGCGAGGUUCUGAAGGAGAGGACGGCGCUCUUCGUUCUGGGACAUGUGAACGAUUCGUCUUGUGUGCUAAUGGAGAAUAAGGUGCGGUUUAACUGGUCGCUGUAACCAUAUAUAUUUAACAACCUAUUGUACGACUUGGCGAAGC